GUUAGAUGGGGGGCUGCAAUGCCCCCUACAAAAGAGUCACCUGUCAUCAUGUCUAACUCUGGUUUCCGUGGUUACCGCACUAUGUCGCAGCACCUGAAUGACCUGAAGAGGGAGAACUUCAGCCUGAAGCUCAGGAUCUACUUCCUGGAAGAGAAGAUCCAGCAGAAGUUUGAGGAGAGCAGCGACGAUGUGCACAGAAGGGACAUUGAGCUGAAGGUUGCAGUGGAGAGUCUGAAGAAAGAGCUUGAGGACAAACAGCAGCUUCUGGAAAAAGCACUGUUAAUGGCAGAUACCCUCUCCGAUCAGAAUGAGGCAGAGAUGCAGCGUCGCCUUGCAGAGCGACAGGAGGAGAUCAGCCAUAUGCAAGAAAUCCUGGAAACCAAAGUUCAGCUGCUACAAGAGGAGGCCGAGCUGGCGCGAGAGGAGGCUCAAAGAAUGGCCUCGCUGGCGGACUCUGAGGCCCAGCGCUGCCUGGCUCUGGAGAGAGAGAUGGUGGAGAGGUUGGAGGCGAGUGGAGGCUCAGGUGGACCGCUCACCCAGCAGGUCCUGGCUGACAAAGACAGGGCGAUCGAGGAGUUGACGCAGGAGAAACAGUCACUGCGUCUCCGGGUCGAGGAGCUGGAGGUCGAAGUUCACAGCCUUUGCACUUCUCUCGAGAGCAAAGAAUGGGGAGCUGAGAGUCAUGACGAGCACCAGGUCCAUGCACAGAUGCAGACUGCAGCUGUGAUGCUGGAUGUGAUGAAGAUGAAGGAGGCGUGCAGGAUCUGUGCCCGCGAGCUCUGUGGCAACCAGCGCAGAUGGAUCUUCCACCCGGCGGCAAAGCUCAAUCUGCAGGUACUGCUGUCCCACGCUCUGGGCCAAGAGCUGACCAGAGACGGCCGUGGAGAGUUCGCCUGCUCCAAGUGCACCUUCAUGCUGGACCGCAUGUACCGCUUCGACACGGUGAUUGCCCGGGUGGAGGCGCUGUCUCUGGAGCGCCUGCACAAGCUGCUGCUGGAGAAGGACCGGCUGAGGCAGUGUAUCAGCGGUCUGUACCGGAAGAACAACACAGAGGAUGGGAGCAUGGCUGCACCCGGGUCCGUUGUGGCGGCUGCUGGGACUGAGGUGGGGUCUGAAGACCCUCCUGUGGUGGAUUUGUCAGCCCUGCAGGAUGUGAGGUACUCUGACAUGAUCCAGGAUGAUCUGGUUUACUCAGUGUAUGAGUCUUGGGCUGAUAGAGCAGACCCUGCCCUGGACCACCACAUGCACCAUCACCACCUCCCCCACCAUUGCCCAGGAGGAGACUCCCUCUCUGGCCAGAAGCCAAGGCGCUGCAGGGGUUGUGCAGCACUCCGUGUGGCUGAUUCUGACUACGAGGCAGUGUGUAAGGUACCUCGAAGGCUUGGGCGCAGGAGUGCAUCCUGUGGCCCAUCUACCCGCUACUCAGCAGCCACUCCAGGGGUCGAGGACCCUACCAGAGCCCCUGCAGGGUCUGAGGCUACAGCUGUCACCUGUGAUUCCACUUCAGCUGGGCUAGAGACUGAUAAGACCACGUGUGACCGGACAGCUCCCAGCCCAGGGUCGUCUGUAGAAUCUCUCGACACCACCUGCCCUGCUGCAGGCGCCAAAGACAGAGAAGAAGCUGAACUGGAGGAGGCUCCAGUGAGAAGGGACACUCCAUGGGAUAAACCGCCCGGAGAGAGCUCUCCCACUGGGCUCCCUAUGAUGCUGAGCCUCCUGAGAGGGUGGGAGUACCGGCCAGUGAAGCCCCACAGGGGCAGCAGGCUCCCAGUUCUGGUCAAAGCCAAACUGGAGCAGAGUCUGACGCUGCCCCUGUCCAUCCCAAUGAGGCUCUCCUAUGGAGGGGCAGCAGACUGUGACUUGUACCCUCCCCAGCCGGUACCAGAGCUCGUGACCCCAUGUCCACAGCUGGAGCUGCAGGCGCAGCUGGCAGAGAUGGAGGAGCAGUGGCUGGAUGAUUAUGUUCAGUGUGGACCUUUCUGCUUUCAGCAGCAGCUGAUCGGCGAGCAGCAGGGUCAGCUGAGUCAGUAUGAGAGUGCUGCAGGUCAGUGCGUCAGUGAGCUGCAGAAGGCCCAGGACCAGGUCUGCUCCCUGCAGGCCAAGAUCAGAGAGAGCGAGACCAGGAACCAGAAGCUGCAGGAGCAGCUUGGUGAAAUGGAGCUGGAGCUGCGGUCAACCCGAGAGGAAGCCCAGCGACAGGAGCGACACCUUCAGAACACCUCUGAUACAGUCAACUCCAAGGAGGCCGAGGCUGCAGAACUGCACCGAGUGGUUGAGGAGCAACGUAAGAUGCUGUGUUCUCUCAAAGAGCUCGCCAGCUGCAGCCAGCUGCAGCUCUCUGGGGCAGAGAGCGUUCGAGGUCAGAGUGAAGCUCUGGCUCUACAGGCCUCUCUGUUCCAGUCCCAGCUGGAGCUGCAGGCCGGCCAGCGGACACAGCGGCAGGCACUCAGAACGCAGGAGGACCUGGGCCGGGCCCUGCAGAGGCUGGAGAAAGACCUGCAGGGGGCGCUGCAGCACAGGAGGGACACAGAGAGACACAACCAGGAGCUGCAGCUGGCUCUGGAGAGAGCUCGACUGGCCCUGCAGGAGAGAGAGGAGCAGCUCAGAGACGGCGAGCAACAGAGACAGAGGGAGAGGGAGGAGAGAGAGAGGACCAUCAGAGAACUGAGGACAUCUCUGCAGACUAAAGAACAGCUAGUGCAGGACUGCUGCGAGUUGUCCGAUGGUCCAAAGGAGAAGAGGGACCCUCUGGUUCAGAAACUCCGGCAGCGUAUUAAGGAGAGAGAUCGAGCUCUGGAGCGAGCGGUGGACGAGAAGUUCCGCCAUGUGGAGGAGAAAGAGGAGGAAACUCGCCAGCUUCAGCUGCUGCUCAGAGAGAAGGAGCGAGACCUGGAGAGACAGCGCUGCGUCCUGGCCAACAACGAAGAGACCAUCACUAGCCUGGAGGUGCUGGUGCGAGGUAAAGCUCUGGAGCUGGAGCAGGUGUGUGAUGCCUGGAGGAACAUCAAGUGGCAGCAGCAGGAGAGCGAGGACAGGCACAGCCACAUCCUGCGAGAGAGAGAUGGUAUCAUCAGCCAGCUGCAGGCAGCACUGCAUGCUCGCACACAGGAGGCACAGGACCUGCGCUGCUCCCUGCUUACUCAGGUCAGAUCUGCUCCAGCCGACGUUCUGGAGGAGCUGAAGGUCCGCCUCCAGCUCAAAGACCGCCUCUUUCAGGAAGUGCUUGCCGACAGGGCACGUCAAGCCCAGGAGCACCAGGAGCAGGUCCAGGAUCUGCUCAGAACCAUCAGUACCCGUGACCAGUACAUUCAGGAGUCCGCGGGGCGGCUCGGUGAGGUGAUGACUGAGCAGACUUCGAGGCUCCAGGAGCUCCGCAGACAGCUGAGCUCAGGCUGCGGACUGAGGACUGACUCCACCCCAGACUUAGCUCUGGAGCUACAGGCGAUGCAGGAGGAGCUGCGUCUGGCUCUGAGGAGGGCGACAGAGAGCCAGGAGCUGAACAAGGGUCAGGCGGCCCAGCUGGAUUCCCUCAGCAGGGUGCUGCACGUGAAGGAGGAGACUAUCAGGGACCUCCAGAGACAGAUGGUGGACCCUUCGGGCAUCCCGCUGGUCGAGCGUCUAACACAGGAGGUCGAGGAGCUGAGGGAGAGGCUGGUCCAGCAGGAAGAUCUCCCAGCCAGAGACCCUGUCCUGGGCCGAGGCCGGCCCAACAGCAGGCAGCCCGAGUUUGGAGAAAUGAGCUCAGAGGAUGAAGACGAGGCUGACGAUGGCCUGAACAGCGAGUACACUGAGAGCGCUGAUGAAGACGAGUCCAAACUGAGGCUCCAGUCAGUGGCCAGCACCAAGGGUUCAGGAGGCCCGGGAAAAGCUCCCACACAGGAUCUGUUAUUUGAAGGCCAGGGCCUGACGGAGGUCAAGCAGCUGGUGGAGCAGAAGAGGGUGGUGGAGAGAGAGCUGGGGGAGCUGAAGGCUCAGCUGGAGAAGGCCGGCUUCUCCUCACUGGCACAGAUGAGGAAGGCUCUGUUCAGCCUGCAAGCUGAGAACGAAGAUUUAAAGCAUCAUCUGACCGAGGGGACACAGCCUGACAGUAAACGGAGCGAUGAUCAGCUGGUGCUGGAGGGCGAAGAGGAGGGCAAGGAAGAGGACGAUGAGGAGCUGGAUGUAAACAUAGAGGGAGUAGAAGAGGAGGAGGAGGAAGAAAGCUCUGAGCUGUGGGACGCCUGGGAUGGCAAGCAGUUUCUGUCACACACCAACACCCAGACCAGUGAAGGGCAGAGGAAGAACAGAGCCACCAACUCCUCACAGGUUGAUGACCUGGGCAGUGAGGGGUCGUCCAGCAUGCGGCAGGGCGCUGUGUCCUCUGCGGCGUGUGAGAAGACAAUUCGGCGGCAGCAGAAGAGCAGAGAGCUGGAGGAGAGGCUCAUGGUCUCUGAGGCCACGGUGCAGGCUCAGGCCGAGCAGCUCAAAGACUACAGGCAGCUGCUGAAGUUUGAUGACCUGGAGAUAUGCACGUCUCUGGACUGGUGGCCUCCUGGCAGCAGCAGCUCCACCUUCACCAAAACCACCACCCAGAGCUCCAGUUGUGGAGACGAGGUGUCAUUGCUCCAGUGCCUUGUCGAGGACCUUCGCGCCCAGCUCUCCCGCUCUCGGGCAGUGAUCCGUGGGCUUCAGAGCCGCCUCCACUCCUUCUGCACCUCCAGUGACUAUGGACCCUCCACACCCCGCAAGGUCAACUGGUUCUUCCAGGGCUCACCAUCUCGACGCAGGCCAGAGGACAAUGAGGACUGGCAGUCACCUGAUGGAGGGUUGUUGGCUUCACCUUGUCACCCUCACCCAGACAAGGGCCUGCGGGAGCUGGUGUCUCGCGUGGACGCUCUGGAGGACCAGCUGAGGAAAGGAGGCGGGAAGGCUGUGAACCAGGGUGGAACGCCAGCCACCUGGCCGGGUAAAUUCGACGCUCUGGUGCAGGCUCAGGCCAAAGAGCUGUCUCUGCUCCGCCAGCGGCUGAGGGAGGGGCGGGGCGUGUGCAGCAUCCUCACUCAGCACCUGGGAGACACCACCAAGGCCUUCGAGGAGCUGCUGAGGGCCACUGACAUUGACUACUACAUGGGCCAGAGCUUUAGGGAGCAGCUGGCCCAGAGCAGCGCUCUGGCACAGCGAGUCAGUGCCAAGAUCAGUGGCCGAGCCCAUCCUGAAGAUCCAGAGGAGAAGACGGAGCUGCUCGCCAUCCGGCUCAGUAAGGAGCUGCAGCAGAAGGAUAAAGUCAUCGAGUCUCUCCGUGCCAAACUAAACCAGCAUCACCACCAUCAUCAUCCUCAUCGUUCUGCCACGCCCUGCAGCAGCCACGCCCUCUCGGACACCACUGACCAAUCAGAUCGUCUAUCCUGUGUGUCUGAUGAGCAUGGAUCCACCAAUGAGGACUUGGAGCUUUGCUCCGAUGUGGACGCUGCCAGUGAUCUCAACCAGGAGGAGACUCUGACUUCUACCAGAGUCAGCACAGAUUGCCACUCUCACAGUGGCACCAUGUCACACCAUCCAUCUGUCCCUCCAUCCAAUGCCUCAUCCCACAGAACCCAGUCCUGCCUCAGCUGUCCCAGCAUGCAGUGCCCCAGAUCACCGCUCACCAAACCUGCAGACACGCCCAGUUGGACAGGGUUUUCCACUCCCCAGUCCAAACCUCUUCAGGGUUUCCCGUUUGCCCACCAGCAGCUGGAUUCCUCUGCCUUCCUGCCUCACUCCUAUCAUGGAUACCAGCCUUCUCCCUUCAGCACUGCCAAUAGCAGCAGCAGUCUGGAUGCCAGCUUGGCAAUUAAAGCUGGAGCCAGCCUGCUGGAGAGCAGCGCAUUAUGGGAUGUAGCCUCUGGUACCCGACCAGUGAGACUCGGAGCUGACCUGUCGUUGGGAUCAUCAGGGUACCAGUCAGGCACCAGCCACACAGGUUCAGACCUGAUGAAGGAGCAUUUGAGAGAGAUCAGGAGUCUGAGGCAGAGACUGGAGGACUCCAUCCAGACCAACGACCGCCUCCGACAGCAGCUGGAGGAGAGACUGGCCCUCACUGCCACUGAGAAAGGCGCUUCUACCAACAUCUACAUCCAGGGGCUGGACUCGGUCAGACAGCUGUCCACUGAGAUCAGGCUUCUGAAGGAGGAGAACAUGAGUCUGCAGGGCCAGCUGAAGCAGGGGGUGAAGGAGGGCUGUAAGGAGGCAGAGCAGCUGAGGCAGGUGGUGCACAUGGAGCAGGCCAGGCUGAAGCAGGUGGAGCUGGAGGCUGAGAGAUGGGCGGAGCAAAGCAGGAAGCUGCAAACUGAGGCUGAGGUUCACAUCCAGGAAAUCACACAACUGAAACAGGUCAAACAGAGGAACCAGGAAACCAUCAACAGGCUUCAGCAUGAGGUGAGCGUCCUCCAGCAGCAGCUGUGUGAGAACCACAGUUUGGUCCACUCUCUUCACAGAGUCUGUGGGGCCGCCACCAACGCUCACUCAGGCCAGGUCAGUGAUGCUGCAGCCUUUGACCCCACAGAGCUCCAUGUUCAGUUGGAGCAGCAGCUGAGCAGACGGGCAGACGCACAGCCUCGGGCCAAGACACAGCUCUUCAAUGAUAAUGUUCCCUUUCCACCUGUGAGAGACGCGGGGCCCGUUAGUCCUUCCCAUCCUCUCCGUUCUGUGUGGAAACAUGAGACUGGGGCUGCUGAUCACACCUCGACUCUACGGGGCCAAGCUCUAGGCGGUUCUUUUGCCAGCUGUCAUGGCCGCCAUGUGGUCGGCCAUGUUGAUGACUUCACAGCUCUGCAGCAGCAGAUCCUGGAGAGCAGUGCUCUGCUCUGCAGGAUGGAGGCCGUCCUUCAUCCCCUGAGCAGCCCACAGGAGCUCAGCCUUCAUCAGCCUUCAGACUCAAGUUGUGUGAGGAAGCUGCUGUCUGACACUAAAACCCUGAGACAGAUACUGGAGGAGGUCGAGUCCCUGCUUCGGAUGUUCUGGAGAGCAUCUCUGCCCAGUUCAGAGGAAAGCAAACAGGAUCGGUCUCUCAGGGAGGAGGUUCGCUCUCUCCGUCUGAAGCUCUCAGAACAAGAGCAGGCUCUAAAGGACGCCAUGGAGAGAGUGAAGAGCUCCAACUGCACCAAAGAUAGCAUGGAGCACUUUAUAGUCAGCCAGCUGUCGAGGACUCGGGAUGUCCUGAGGAAAGCCAAGACCAACUUACAGGUGAAAACACAGGGCGCUUCUGUGACCUCGCCUUCUCUCCUGCUUGGGGUGUCAUGAUGCCCCAGACUUCCUCCUCUGCCGUCCUGUAGCCAGCUCUGCACCAGCGCUCCCCGCAGCAGCCUACACCAUCCCCACAUUCCUCAUCAUCGCCACGUCCCGCUCAAACAGAAAGUGCCGGAGAUUCUGGUUCUCUUACUAGCUGGAGAAACCCUUCAGCUGAGUGACACGAUGUCUGAGUGAUUAUGAAUGUUGUGCCGUUAGAUUUCUGCUGGUUGAUGAUGGUUUAUGAAAGUAAAGGGUGGAAGUUGUUUGUUCUAGGUAUUAGUGUGCGUAGAUGUUUUGUAGAUGCAAUCAGCUCAAGUGCAUUUCCCCUUUAUACAAGACCAGUCUGAGGUCAGCUGAAGUUAAGUUGAUUCAUAUCUUCUCAUUAAUUCUUUGUCCCAUCUUAAGAAAAAAAACAAAGUACACUAAAUAUGAAAACCAGGUUUAAAGCAGUAUUAGGGCUCUGUAUUAGGGCUCAAUUUAGGUUUGAUAAGUCUGACCAUAAAACUAUGUUAUAGACAUGAUAUGUGGUUUGGGCAGCUCACUUACAGUCUUGGGGCUUUUAAAAUGAUAUGUAGACCUUAUUUGACAAGGUUUCCAUCAACUUGCAUAUGAGCAGCUCCCAAUCAGAACCUAACUUCAGCCUCAUUCUUCAAGAAACAAAAAUCCACUUGAUGUCAACAGGAAAGGCGUUUUUGAAAAAGCCAAAACCAAAACAGCAAAGUGCUUCCUCUCAGCUUCUGUUGAAGCUUGUGUUUGUAGUUAGCGUGCCGUAUAGUUGCAUGUGGUUUGAAGAGCUUGUGGAAACAAAGCCAUACUCUCAGAUGGGACAGUAUCUGUUUUAAUUUUGUCCUGAUUGUACAAAAAAUGCUGUAAAAAGAGACAGUUCUAAGAACAACUUAGCACUACAGUGAUGGUUUGGUCAGAUAGAAGGUAGGUUAGGUUAUUUUAAAGUUUGCUCACAAACAAAACACCAGUUUAGGACAUUUUUGCACACUGACCUCAGACUUCAGAGAACUGCAGUAAAUCUGAAGUCAGUUCUCUACAGAUAUUUGAAAAACACAGUAUGUGUGCAGCCCUGUUUUCCCUCUUGAGACACUCGCUAGUGAUGGAAGCUGCUGUGUGCAGCGCCUUAGUAGACUAGUGUCAAUAAAAACAAGCACAUUACGGACUGUUGAACUGGGAACAGAAUUCAUUUUAGUGCAUGGUCCGAGAGAGAUGACACCGCAUUUCUGAAACCAGAAAAAUGGACCACACUUCUGUCUUUUUUAUCCUUGAGGUGUUUUUUUUUAUUUUUGGCUAAAUUUGUGAAUCCUUUUGUUUGAAUUUCCGUCAAAGUGACAAUCACUUUCAGACAAUCAUCAACAGAUCAGCUGUAUCUGUUUUCUUCAGAACGUCUGCAGGGUUUGUGAUGCUCACUGCGCAAAUGAACUUUUAUACAAGUGGGUAUUUCACACUGCCUUCUCCAGUGUUUGUUUUUGUCCAUGAGCUGGGGCUUCUCUGGCCUCAUAUACUUCUACUGACGUGCAGUUUUUGGGUUACUGUGCAAUACGAGCCAUCAUGCCUGCUUUUUGUUGAUGUAUUAGGCCUGGGUAUUAAAGUGCCAUGUCAUCUGUUUUACUUAAAGCUGGACUGGCUUAGACAGACGUGCGUUCGGAUGAGCAUGUCCAGUUUUUUUACAGUCAGUAUGAAGCAGUGCAAUGGCCCACUCACCUCUGGUUUCAUUUUAUACAACAUGGGGGAAAGCGAAGUAACAGCAUAAUGAAAGCACUGUAAUGCAAUAAGAUCAACCAAAGUGAGCAACAUAUAUGUUGUGAAAUCAUGUGUAAAAUCAUCAAAUUUAAAUAUUUUUCUCUUGUUUCGCAAAGGUUAGAGGUCAAACUUUGCGUUUUUUAGUUGUCUGUGUGACUUUAGGAACCACAUCUGCCGUGUGUACAUUUUACGGGGAGUGUGUUAAGGUCAGAGGUCAAACUUUGUGUUUUUUUAGUUGUCUGUGUGACUUUAGGAACCACAUCUGCCGUGUGUACAUUUUAUGGGGAGUGUGUUAAGUCGAUGCAAAUUUUUUUUGUUGUGAGAGAAAAUAUGGUCAUCUGUAUUUUUAUGCAUGUUCUCUUUAUUACAGUGUUUUAGGGUCAAAAGAAACAAACCUU